AUGUCCUCUUCCAUUUCGCUUGCCAGCACGGCGCUGGCGGUCUCGGACUUGGAGGCGCAGCCGCAGAGUCUCCAUGCCGCCUCGGCCGACGGCGCCGCGGGUGAGAAAACCGUGCGGCCCGCCGUAUCGCACAAGGUGCCGCCCAGCGAGCGCCGCGGCCUUCUUUCGUGGGUGUCGCUUGUGCCCGAGUUGGACGACGCCCGCAACUACGGGCCGUACCAGAAACUCUUGCUUGUUUUCGUGGUUGCCUGCGCCGGCACCACCGGGCCCAUGGGCACGUCGAUCAUUUUGCCUGCAGUGGAGGACGUUGCGCGGCUGCUCCACACUUCAGAGACGAUGGUCAAUGUGCUGGUGGGCAUUUUCUUGUUGUCGCUCGGGGUUUUCCCCAUGUGGUGGUCCAACUUCAGCGAGCGCCACGGCCGCCGGCCCGUGUACAUUGUGUCGUUCUCGUGGUUUUUGGCGUUUUCCGUCGGGUCCGCCGUGGCGCCGUCCAUCUCUGCGCUCAUUGUGCUUCGAAUGCUAGCGGGUGCGGGCGCGCUGGCGGUGCAGGCGUGCGGCGCGGCCACCGUGGCGGACUUGUACGUGCCCGAAGAGCGCGGCGCGGCGCUAGGCAUUUUCUACUUGGGCCCGCUCUUGGGCCCGUUUCUUCUGCCGAUCAUUGGCGGUGCCGUGGCGCAGGCGUGGGGGUGGCGCGCGACCAUGUGGGUGAUGGUGAUUUUCUGCGGCGCCAACGUGGUGCUGAUUUUGUUGUUUUUGCCCGAGACGUUGCGGCGCGAGGACCAGCGGUAUGUGGCGCGGCAGCGCGGGCGCGAGAGCGAACGCGAGAGCGAGAGCGAGCGCGAGCGCGAGCAGGACCAUGAACAAGAAAAAAACGAACAAGCCGAACAAGCCCAAGCCGAAAAAGACGAACAACACGCAACCGAACAACACGACCAACCAUCUCCGUCUCCCGUGAAAACAAAAUCCGUCACGGCCACCCUCUCCCGCCGCUCCGGCUCCAGCACGCCGCCGCUCCUCACGGAGCCCGCCUUCGACAGCCUCAUGCCGUCGCUCUCGCGGCUCUCGACCAACGUUUCGCGCGCGCCCGCGCCGCCUGCCGCCCGCGCCCACUACGCCGCCGCCCGCCACUCGUACGCGCGCCUCGCCUACGACUACAUCGUGCGCCCGACCCACGCCAUUGUUCUCCUAGGGUAUCCGCCCGUGACAUUAGCAGUGGCAUACUCGGCCGUCUCGUUCAUGGGCGUGUACUUCUUCAACAUUGCCAUCACCAACGAGUACAGCGCGCCGCCCUACGACUUUUCGCCCAUCAUCGUUGGUCUCAUGUACGUGCCCAACUCUGUCACGUACAUUCUUGCAUCUGUGCUCGGCGGCCGCUGGAACGACCGCCUUUUGCGCCGCCACGCGCGCAGGCACAACGGCGAGCUCCGGCCCGAGGCCCGCCUCUCGUGGAACCUCGUCACUGCGGCCGCGCUCUAUCCGCCCGCCUGCCUCAUUUUCGGCUGGUGCCUCGACAAACACACCAUGUGGCUUGUUCCGCUUGUGGGCACGGCGCUUUUCGGCUUUGCCUCCAUGCUUGUCAUUGGCAUCACCUUGACGUAUAUCAUUGACGUGUUGCCUGGAAAGGGCGCCACGGGCGUGGCCCUCAACAACUUGGUGCGGCAGAUCUUCGCUGCCACCGCCACUUUUGUCACCAAGCCUUUGCUCAAUGCCUUGGGCCCGGGCGUGCUUCUCUCCAUUUACGUGGGCGUGCUUACGCUUGCCCCUUCUGUGCAUGUGGUACCUUAA